GUUCGACACCCAUGGUGUGACUUUUGGGUGUAUUGUUUUAUUCCAGGAAGUACUUUUAUUUCCCACACACUGAAGAAGAGAUGAAGAUGCUGCAGUUGGUUCUGAUUCUGCUCGUGCUGUCUGGUGUUUUCCCUCAGAACAGAGACUGGGUUGUGAAAUAUCCUGAUAAACCGAUCUGUGCUGUGAGAGGAUUCAGUGUCUCCAUUAACUGUAGUUAUUCUUAUCCACAAGAUCAUCAGGUGAUACAAAAGCUUUGGUGCUCGAUAACCUCAGACACAGACCAAUGCAAAAAGCCACCACAUGUUUAUAACAGCUCUUUAAACAUAGAGUCAGACUUUGAGUUCACUGGAGAUGACAAAUCAGACUGUACUUUAUUAAUCCACAAUGUACAGUUCAGUUAUUCUGGAGUUUACAGAUUCAGAUUUAUUACUGAUAAGGACAAAUACACAGGUGAACCUGGAGCGACUCUACAAGUUACAGAUUUAAAGGUGUCACUAAUCAGACUCAGUGGAAACGGAACCCUUAAACAAGGAGACUCCUUAAAUCUGACGUGUGAUGUGAACUGCACACACACUUCCUCACAGUUUGUGUGGUCUAAGAACAACCAGCGUUUAUAUACAUCAGGACCCGUUCUUCACUUUCCUGCUCUAACCCUGAGGGAUUCUGGGAAUUACACCUGCACUUGGGGAAAUGGUGAGACGUCAGGAUCUGAAACCAUCAGCCUUCACGUGGAGGAUAACGACACUGAAAAUCCUGAACGUUGGUUGAUGUGGGUCAUUGUUGGUGUGUCUUCCGGAGUGAUUGUCGUCAUCACAGGAGCUGUGAUUCACAAAAGGAGGAAUGUCCACACCGAGCAGAAGAACGAGAAUAAUUCUGGCACCUACAACAACGUCCAGAAGGAUGAGGAUGAUUCUGCAAUCUACACCAACGUCCAGAAGGAUGAGGACGAUUCUGCAAUCUACACCAACGUCCAGAAGGAUGAGGAUGAUUCUGCAAUCUACGCUAAUGUGUAACACAGUGAGCUGAUCACAGUUUCACACCUCAUGCUCAGCUUAAUAACUUGUCAAUUUCCUCUUUGCCUUAAAAUAUUACACAGAAACAUUUCCUGUGUGUUGCAUCUGCACUUCAUUUCAUGAUAGAUGGCUGUUUAUUGGGUUAACGUUUCUAGUUUCGAUAACUUUAUGUAAGAUUUCUAUAAGAUUCUGUCAAUUUUUAGAUUUUUUUCCAAAUAUAACAUUUAUACAGUUUUUUGAUGUUUUAUAUGUAAAUUAGAGUAGAAGUCUAUCUUCCUUUCUCCUGUAUGUUGUGCUCGAAGUGAGCUGCUACUCAACAGGAUGCAGUACACACGGAUUUGGCACUGAAAUGUUCAUGAAGUUUCUAGUUAAUAUAAAACUGAUACACAAAAAACUGAAACUUGCACAACCUGCAACACAACCAUCACACACUUAUUUGUACACAUGGCAUAUUGAGUAAAUACUUCCAGCUUCUGUGUUAAACCACAUCUUUUACACUUACAGAACAAUAAAUUGUGUUUAAGUUAUAAAUCACAUGAUUACUUCUUUUUUAGAAGGUUGACGUUUAAAACACACUCAUGAAUUCACACCCAGAGGAGCCUGAUUAACCACAGGCUUUAUUACAAAGGUUCAGUAAAGAGAAAAUAAAAAUUGGACACUAUCCCGAGGUUCAGGUUUCCACCACUGGAUGGCGAUAUUGUUCUAGCCACUUGAGGUCUGGUGUAAAACAAACUGUCCCUGAGGCCAUGAAAAGGAACAAACAAGCUCAGUGGGCUCUAGGUCCAGGGGUGGGCUCAAAGUUCUAGGGGUGGGCUACAGGUGCAGGUUAUAUAACCUGAUAAGGGUGUGGAGAGGACCAACCUGCCAGAGAACAAAUAUCUAGGAGUGAAAUGUCCCCAGCAAGAGUGCUAGUCAAGGUGAAGCGAGCCCUAAUCACUGAGGCAAAGCCACACAGGGUGCCGCAUAGGUCUAGGGGAAACCUACCACUACACUGCAUAAGGUGCUGCUUGGAGACCGGAUUACUUUUGUUGUGGCAGACGAAAAGCAGACGAAAAGAGAGAGGAUUUACCCCAAAUGCUGGAGUGAUGGACUGUCAGCGAGGCAGGGUAAAAACAGACCCAAAUGCAGGAUAGCGUAAAAAUAAACAGGUUUAAUAAAUAAACAUAGGCAAAGUGGCAGGGCUAAACAGACAAGACACAGAUAUAAUAGAUCAACACAUCAGGAACAGGUGUGCAGAGGCAGGAGGAAUAACCAAGGGUGGGGCAGACACAUGACACAGAACAUAAACAAACACACAUGGCGAAUGUCCAGGCUGGAUCCUGACAGUAUGGGCAAAAUAUGGCCCUGAAACACCCCCUGUGGACAGGAAGUAAGGCGGCAUCCUCCAGGGAAAACCAGGAAGUGAAGCGAUGUCCCCCACUGGACAGGUGUGUGGCAAUGUCUCAGGACACCGAGAAAAAAAUAAAAACAAAACCAGGCUGGUGACAUCAUCUGCCGGUAAGAAGUGAGGUGGCAUCCUCCGGGGGAAAACAGGAAGACCCUCACCGGAAACAAAUGUGGAGCGAUGUCACCCAAAAAAACAGGGCAGGAAGAACAGUCCAGAAAAAAAAAUGCUCCCACAGUAAGCCGGUCCAGGCUGAUGCUAUCCUGCUGGGUCUGAGUCUGGCGGAAUCCUUCUGUCAGCAAUGCGGGGUAAAAAUGACCCAAAUGCAGGAUAGCGUAAAAAUAAACAGGUUUAAUAAAUAAAAAUACAAAACAGGGACAAGGACACGACAAGAGACAUGACAAUGAUGUGACAAAUACAACAACAAGGAUUCCACAAUGCCAUAGGCAAUGAGCCAUGGCUAAAUAGACAAGACAAUCAAUACAUCAGGAACAUGUGUGCAGAGUCCUAACCAAGGGUGGGGCAGAAACGUGACACAGAACGAAAACAAACGCACAUGCCUAAGUCCGGGCUGGAUCCUGACAUGGACAUAAAUUCUGAGAACCAGAACCUGGUGCAGCAGGUGCAGAAUCUCCUGCUCCACGGACUUGUUUUUCAGUUUUUUCUUGUAUUCAGUUCUCUUCACUUUUAUGUAGAAACUAGAACAAGCAUCGGCUCAGUACAUCCCACACUAACACUAUUAACUUCCAACAUAGAACACAUUGUACAUAAUGACAUGACACCUAAAUAUACUGUAAUAGCUUCAAUAAAACAAGAGAUAGUUCAGGAUCGUAACAGUGCACUCAGAGCCCAGGACCUGAGCAAUUUAAAUGGUUUUAAUAAUUUUACUAAUGUUGUGUUUUAUUUCUUAUUAAUGAUCAUGAUAUUGUAACUUACUUACUGCUAAAUCAGAAAUCUUUCAUCAGAUCAAAAUGAAAUGUUCACUAGCACUAGACUGUGUGUGUGUGUAUGUGUGUGUGUGUAUGUGUAUGAUCCAGUAAAUGAACCUACACACUACAACAUCCAUCAGCAUAUAAUAAAAGUCUGAAGAAUAAUUCUGUCUAAGAGUGAGAUGAUGUUUCAUACCAGACAGCACGAGCAGAAUCAGAACCAACUGCAGCAUCUUCAUCUCUUCUUCAGGGACAACUUGAGUUUUGAGAAGUAUGAGCUGGAGCAUGAUAUUUGAGAAGUAGAAGAUGUUCCUGGAAGAAAAAAGGCAAAGUUUGCACUUAAUAUAGCUUUAAACCAUAGAACAGGAAGAUGAUCAGAGUCCUCAGUCAGUAUUUAUAUCCACAUACAUACAGCGGUUAAAAUAUUGAACACGUCAACAUUUUUCUCACUAAAUAUGUUUCUGAGCCAUGAAAUUUUCACCAGAUUUUGGUAACUUAAGUUAUCCAUACAAAGAAAACAAAACAAAUAAGUUCUUAAAAUAAAUUACGUACUAAAAUGGAAUGACGGAGAAAGGGAGUUGCAAAAAGCUUGGAAAGACAAGACACCAGCUGAAAUCUAUUAGUAAUUAGAAACCAGUCCUGCUGCUUGUCAGUGGACAUUAACAUCAGCUGGUUCAGUCCCAACUGAUGAAAAAAAGUGUCACACAAAAAGAAAUCUCAUUUUUGCUUUCUGACGGAGGAGUGAAAGGAAUUAUCAGAAGAGUUGUCCAAGAGCCAAGGACACCUAUUGGAGAGCUUCAGAAAGACCUGGAAUUAGCAGGUACAAUUGUUUUAACCCUUGUGCAGACCUGGGGUCUAUUUGACUCAUCUGGAAAGUUUAAUGUGUCAUAACUUGGGUUUCCUUCCACAUAUAUUCCUGAAAUUUACCAGAAAUGUUCCACAAC